UACUCCGCCGUCUCUCUCUCUCUCUCUCUCUCUCUAAAACCCCUCGUCCUCUCCCGUGACCGUACAAAAACUAUCUCCCCCCCCUUUCCUAUCUCUAAAACCAUAGGGUUUUUCUUCGUCGCGUCAAUGGCAGAUCCAUCGCCCUUUUCCAAACCUCAACAAUAAUCCACGCUCGAUCUUCGCCCACUCCCAAAAAAAAAUCAAAAAAUCAAAUCAUUGAUUUUUCCCCACAGGCCAUAUGGACGCGACCAGCGCAAACACCGCCGCCAACGCCGCCCCGGCCCCGCCGCCGAUUCCGAGCGCGAACGCCCCGCCGCCGUUCCUCGUCAAGACGUACGACAUGGUGGAGGACCCGUCCACCGACAACGUCGUGUCGUGGAGCCCGACAAACAACAGCUUCGUCGUGUGGGACCCGCCGGAGUUCGCUAGGGAGCUCUUGCCCAAGCACUUCAAGCACAACAACUUCUCGAGCUUCGUUCGGCAAUUGAACACUUACGGUUUCAGGAAAGUUGAUCCAGACCGCUGGGAGUUUGCAAAUGAGGGAUUUCUCCGAGGUCAAAAGCACCUUCUUAAAAGUAUUAGUCGGCGGAAACCUGCACAUGGACAUAACAACCAACAACCACCGCCACCGCCACCGCCACCACACGUUCAGACUUCAUCUGUUGGGGCGUGUGUUGAGGUGGGCAAAUUUGGGCUUGAAGAAGAGGUUGAGAGGCUAAAAAGGGACAAAAACGUUCUUAUGCAGGAGCUUGUGAGGCUACGGCAGCAGCAACAGUCCACUGAUAAUCAAUUGCAGUCAAUGGUGCAGAGGCUUCAAGGGAUGGAGCAGCGGCAACAACAGAUGAUGUCCUUCCUAGCCAAAGCAGUGCAUAGCCCAGGCUUUUUGGCACAGUUUGUGCAACAGCAAAAUGAGAGCAACAAGCGCUUAACUGAAGGAAACAAAAAAAGGAGGCUUAAGCAAGAAGGUGUAGCGGAUGAUCGUUCCCCAUCUGGUGGGCAGAUUGUGAAGUAUCAACCUAUGAUGAAUGAAGCGGCGAAAGCAAUGCUCCGGCAGAUCAUUAAACUGGAUUCUUCAAUGAUGCUUGAAAAUUUCAACAACAAUUCUGAUAAUUUCUCGAUUAGUGAUGUUCCAUCGCCUGAUGCUCAAGACUGUGGGAGUUCUUCAAAUCAUACUUCUGGUGUAACUCUUCAGGAGGUCUCACCAUCUUCAGGGCAGUCUUUUUUACCAGCAAUUUCUGGGAUAUCUGAAAUUCAUUCUUCCCCUCUCGCUGCAAACUCCGAGCUGGGUACAACAGUUCCAUUUCCAGUUGUGAGCCCCCUUGUUGGAGAUCAAGAGAUGCCACCUGUCGCUCUUCAGCCGGUGGAUUUUGUUUUGCCUGAGCUGUGUCCGCUACAAGAAAUGAUGCCAGGAAGUGGAGAAAGUAGUCCAUUUGUAAAUUCGACCUCCUUAGGGGAAAAUGGGAAAAUACCCCUGGAACUUGAGAAUUUUACAGAUCCGGAAUUCGAGUGGGACAGUUCGUUGCUGGGAGAUGAUAAUCUUCCUAGCAUUGGUGAUCCCUUUUGGGAACAGUUUCUUACGAGCCCUCAACCUGGGGAGACCGAGGAGAUGGACUCAACUUCAGUGGAAGUUCCUCCUCCAGCUGAGGGAAGUGAACCCAAGCCAGUGGAGAAUGGGUGGACCAAAGCUCAACAUAUGGAACAUCUCACUGAACAGAUGGGGCUUCUAUCUUCAGAUAUCAAACAAGUUUGACCUUGUCUCACUAAAUGUACAUUUGGCUUGCACCACCCGAGGUAAAUCUGAAAGAUGCUAAUUAUAUUGUGUUAUUAGGAUGUUAUUCUGAUCUUGACCUUGGGAAGAAUACCUAAUACCUGGUGUACCCCUUUGUCCUGCCCUGUUUUGGCAACACAUGGAGAGACCUCAUUUUAGGUUUAGUUCCCUCUAUCUGUCACUCUCUGCCAUUUUUCCUCCAUGUUUAAGCCAAGGGAAAUGAACUCAAAACGGAUGGUUUCUGAUCCGUCUUUUGUUGUGUUGCCAUGGUUGAAUGCAGGCACUGUACCAAAGAACCUUAUAUGUUAUGGAUGCUUAGAUAUUUUUUUACCAUAC